AUGUAUUACGAUAGUAUAUUUUACUAUUCAUCAGAAGAAAUUCGUAGUAGAUCAAAUCAGAGUGUAUGUUCAAAUUCAUCUUAUUCAAUGAAAUAUGAAAAAACAACAUAUGAAUCAGUUCGCAUUAUUGAUUAUCGUGGUACUAAAUUAACAUCAUUUAAUGUUGAUGGAAGAGAAUUGAUAUGUUUACCACAAGCAUUUGAUUUAUUUUUAAAACAUCUGGUUGGAGGAUUGCAUACCGUAUAUACAAAAUUAAAACGAUUAGAAAUCAUUCCAGUUGUAUGCAAUGUCGAACAAGUUAGAAUUUUACGUGGUCUUGGAGCAAUUCAACCGGGCGUGAAUAGAUGUAAAUUACUUGCACCAACCGAAUUUGAUGUCUUAUAUGAAGAUUGUACAAAUUCUGGUUCGAGGCCUGGUCGACCACCAAAACGAAGUCCAUUAGUAUCAGAUGAUUGUCCAGAUGAAAAGCGAGCUAAACUAUCAGCAAAUAUUCUAUUACGAACAUUUCCAGAAUUUUCUACUCAAAGUCUUAAAUAUCCUGUCUAUAAUGGUUAUAUUCCAUAUUCAUCUGGUGGUGGAAAUGUUCAACCAUUUGCUCAUUCGUACGGUUACUCAGCAUUUGUUCCCACUGUACCCUAUGGUCUUAAUUUUCCACCACAAAGAACAGAGCAUAACAACAGUAAUAAUACGUCUCAUUCAUUACAUUCACAAUUUCAUCAACAACAAGAACAGCCACAUCAUCAUCACCAUCAUCAU